AUGGAUGCCUCUUCCAAACUUCCCGCCGCGAAAGUCCCGACGACGCUGUCGAUUCCGAAAGUGGAAAAACAGAUGACGGCACACGACAAGGGGGACAACUCGUCCGAUUACCGCUGCGACAUGUGCGGCAAAACCUAUUCGCAGUUGUCGCACUUGGAGAACCACCGGACAAUCACGCACUCGCUCACGUUGCGGAUCAAGAACAACAGCUACCACCAGAACACCAACCACCAUUACCGCGGCCAACAGGUCGGCCUGGAUGGCACGAUCAAGUCGCACAAGUGUGAAGAGUGUGGCAAGUUCUUCACUCGGGGCUACCAUCUCGACCGGCACAAGUUGAUACACACUGGUAUCAGGCCGUACAAGUGUACUGUCUGUCAGAAAGAGUUCACCCGGAACUACCAUCUCGACCGGCACAUGUAUACGCACACCGGGGAGAAGCCCUACAGCUGUGAGAUAUGUGCCAAGGCCUUUUCUCGUACGGACAAGCUCAAGAAACACACCUUGACACAUCUCGCCCCACUUAUAAAGAGAUCAGAUGAAUUUCAGUGA